AGAGCGCGUCUGCAGGUUAACGCCUUUCCCAUCCGUGUCAAUGUGGAAUAUAUUUGUUUUUUAUCGGCAUGAUUUCGGCUCAUUUUAAUGGUAAAGUGUCCUCUGAUAAUGACGAUGGUGAUGAUCGCGGUUCACUUUCACCACCGGCCGAGCGCGCAAUCCGCGCGUCACGUCUCCCGUUCAGCGUUGAAGCUCUUAUGUCGAAGAAAGAAGUAAGAAAUGAGUCAAGCUGUCAGGAAACGAUCCGGAAGACAUGCAUUAUAAAUCAGGACGAUCGAUCAGUGGACUUUUCUGAGCACUGUGUUUCUGUUAAAGAGGAGUCUGCAUCCUGGAUUAAUAAACCUGGAUUAUCAACGCCACCACGCGCACAGAGUCCCGCAACAUGCUCUCUCAGGAAACACAAGACAAACCGUAAACCUCGAACCCCUUUCACCACCACUCAGCUAUUGGCCCUCGAGCGGAGGUUUCGUCAGAAGCAAUACCUGUCUAUAGCAGAACGUGCUGAAUUUUCCAGUUCUCUCAGCCUGACCGAGACGCAGGUGAAGAUCUGGUUCCAGAACCGCAGGGCGAAGGCCAAGCGUCUGCAGGAAGCAGAGCUUGAAAGGCUCAAAAUGACCACCAAACCUAUUCUGCAUCCCGGCCUCACUCUGCCGUUCCAACUUUGUACGCAAGCCCAGACGGCAGCACUGUUCUGUGGACAGUCAUUUCCAUUACACAGACAUAUGCUGCCCAUUCCACCUGUUGGAAUAUACUCGACACCAGUGGGCUACAGUAUAUGCCCUCUCUCAAAAGAUGGGUCCCGUCUAGAGUAUCGACAUGAAUUAUUCUAGCAUGUUUGAGACACAAAGAACACAAAUACCCCUGGUUCAUCUGCUGGACAUACUGACAUUUUCUAAAUGUUAAAUGGCGGUGACUGAGGUGUAAGGAUAAGAGAGUUUAUAUAUGAUUCGAGUUAGUUUAUACAUAUGAUUGUCUUUCAUAUGCAAACAGUGUGCUUUGGAGGCAGAAGAGAGAGUGGUUUGAAAUUUGCUAUUUGGACAUUUUUGUUCCAUUUAAUUUCACUAUUUUUUUGUAUCUUGUCAACCCAGAUGAAAAAAGUGCACAAUAAUACACUUAAAUGUACUUAAAGCGCUCUAUUUUUAUGCACCACUUUUGUACUUAAUAUACAAAAUAAACAUUUUUAGUAUUUCUUAAGAUAGACUAAAGAAGAUCCAAGUGUACUCAACUGCUAUUUUGAGACCCAAUGAACACAAGUGAAGCAAAAUCAAUUUUAAUUGUUCACAAAAGUCAUAAUGACUUAAUACAUAUUUUACCCCUGUAGUCUUAAGAUAAAAUGCAUUUGUUUGAUCAUUCCAAACUGCAAUGUGUUUAUGAAAAUCAAAUGUAGCAUAAUCUAAAAUUACGCUUUGCACUUUUUGGCAAUGUAAAAAUUGAAAUGAUUUAUAAAUCCUUUUGAUUUAAAUGCAUAAACAGAGUAAUAUACAAUGAAAGCCAAUUUUUAUAACCUAAUUGAAAUUUUAGAAGAAAACUAUUAAGAUUAAACUGUUUUGCUUGGAUUUGUGAGGUGUGGUUGUUUUAGGGAAAAUUUGUAGGGAAGGAGAUCGGCUCACAAUUAAAUCUCCCGCAUGGCUAAUGCUUUUUAAAUUGAGCUCUUGAAAAGAGGCUUUUAUGCGUUCGUGCUUAUAAUCAGUGGAAAUGUUCAGGUUGACCCGUGUGGCUCUUCAUGCUGGUGGUCCCAGGAAAGUUAAUUAAAGGGUGUCAUUACGUGACGCAUGAAAACACCGGGUCAGCCAUGUCAGUUCGUAAAUCUCUCUGUGUGCUACAACAGAGGAAUGUGUUGACCUGUUGCAUUCUCUAAUGAUCCUAGUCCAGUGUUAUGUCAAAUUUAUGAUUGAUUUCAGCGUUUGAUGUACAGCUGGCGUUUCAUUAAACCAUCUAUUUUGUUACAUUGGCAAAAUUACAAAUACAAAAUAGCCCAAUUUGAUCAAUCGCAUAUUCUUAGGAUGUUCUUUGCUUUUCUGUUACAGUUAACAGAUAGGUGUUUGCCUUCCCUGUCUUGUCUACCCCUUUUAAAAAUACCAUUGCCUUUGUGUUGUGAUGUGGAUCAGAGCUUUAACUGUUGUCGAAUGCCAAGCUCUAUGUCAACCGGACCCUUUCCUAAUCGUCCAUAGCUUGGUUUAACUCCACCAGUGUGAAAUGGUGUAUGCUGAACACACAUGCACAUAACAU